GUCUCCUCGCCGGCCAUGGCCACCACUCACGCGCCACCGCCGCCGCAACCACCAUUGCCGCCGGCGCCGGCACCUCUGCCGUUGUCUCACCGCCGCCACCGUGCUUCCUCCUCUUCCUCCUGCUCCCUCUCCACCGCCUCCUCCUCCUCCACCGCCUCCUCUCCCUCCCCGUCCCCUCGCGGCCGGACCACCAACACCAGCGCCGCCGCCGCGACAGCCGCCACGCCGACGGCCACCUCCGUCGUCCCGUUCUCGUGGGAGCACCACCCCGGCAUCCCCAAGACCUCCCUCCACCCGUCCAACUCCCCGCCCACGCCGCCGCUCCCUCUCCCCCCGGCGCCGCUCCGCCGCGCGCCGGCACACCCGUCGUCCCGCCACCACCACCGACGGCGCCACCACCACCAGCGCGGCGGCGCCAUAGACGCGCCACACUCCGACCCCUUCGCCGCCGCGCUCGCCGAGUGCACCAGGGAGCGCUCCACCACCGCCAUCGACGACCUCUUCCCCGCGCCGCCGGCGCCACCGCCGCCGCCAUCCUCCUCGCGCCGCUGGUCACUCUCCGCCGCCGCCGGCGGCGGCGGCGGCGUCUUCGGCUCUCUCCUCGACCUGUACGGCUGCAAGAGCGCCAUGGCCGUGGCGGAGGGCGCGUUCGUCGUGCGGCGGCCGGUGGCGGCGGCGCGUCCGUCUGGGCCCAGACGAGCUGCGGGCCAGGGCCGGGCCCGGGCCGGGCGGUGACGUGGACGCAUCGGGCGAGAUCGAUGGGCUCUCGGUUAGGUACAUAAAUAAUCCGUGUGUGAACUCAAAAACUCUCAAAGUGUUAUUACUCCUAUUUGGGAUCUAAAGGAAAAGAGAUUUCCUACCUUUCUCUCUUUUUUAUUCUUCUUUUUUUAAAUUUUCUUCGAAUUUCGCCUGUGUUCUGAUGGUGAUUUGAAAUGGAGAUAGUACAUCUCACCUUGUGGUAUGGCGAUCUAUAUAUAAAAAAUUAAGCAUGUUCAUAGUGGUUC